AUGACAACAAACCCUGCUUUGGCGGCUGCUCAAGCAUCUCAUAAUAAUAUUCCUACAAAGCAAAUGAAUCAUUCAACUUCAUCUUCAAACGGUAACGGUAGCAAUAAUUCAUCCGUGGUUGGACUUCACUACAAGAUUGGGAAAAAAAUUGGUGAAGGUUCUUUUGGUGUCAUUUUUGAAGGUACUAAUAUAAUAAAUGGAGUACCCGUGGCCAUAAAAUUUGAACCUAGAAAGACUGAAGCUCCUCAAUUACGAGAUGAAUAUAGAACUUAUAAACAUUUACAAGGAUGUGACGGAAUUCCUAAUGCAUAUUAUUUUGGUCAAGAAGGAUUACAUAAUAUUUUAGUCAUUGAUUUAUUGGGUCCUUCUUUAGAAGAUUUAUUUGAUUGGUGUGGUAGAAGAUUUAGUGUUAAAACCGUGGUACAAGUUGCUAUACAAAUGUUGACUUUAGUAGAAGAAGUUCAUCGUCAUGAUUUAAUCUAUAGAGAUAUCAAACCCGACAAUUUUUUAAUUGGAAGAAGAGGUGCUACUGAUGAAAAUAAUGUUCAUUUGAUUGAUUUUGGUAUGGCCAAGCAAUAUCGUGAUCCAAGAACAAAGCAACAUAUUCCAUAUAGAGAGAAGAAAUCUUUGAGUGGGACAGCUAGAUAUAUGAGUAUUAACACUCAUUUAGGAAGAGAACAAUCAAGAAGAGAUGAUUUAGAAGCAUUGGGUCAUGUAUUUUUUUAUUUCCUUAGAGGCCAAUUACCUUGGCAAGGUUUAAAAGCUCCCACCAAUAAACAAAAGUAUGAGAAAAUUGGUGAUAAAAAGAGAACUACACCAGCAGUUACAUUAUGUGAUGGCUUACCUCAACAAUUUGCUGAAUAUUUAGAUUCAGUUAGAUCAUUACCAUUUGAUGCUGAACCUCCAUAUGAAGAAUAUAGAAUGUUAUUAUUGUCAGUGUUGGAUGAUUUGGGUCAAGCUUGUGAUGGAGAUAUGGAUUGGAUGCAUCUUAAUGGUGGUAGAGGUUGGGAUGCUACAAUUAAUAAAAAACCCAACUUGCACGGUUAUGGACAUCCUAAUCCACCAAAUGAACGUGAAAGAAGACAUCGUGAUCAAAGAAGAACAAGACAACAUCAACAACUGCAACAAGUACAACAACAACAAUUACAAGCUCAAGCUCAAGCACAACAAUUACAACAAUUACAACAAGCACAACAGGCACAACAACAACAACAACUGCAACAACAUCAACCACUAUCUGCAGCCCAGUUACAUCAACAAAAAUUACAGCAUUUGGUUAAUCGACCAUUACCACCAAUUAAACAAGAAUCACAAUCAGCAAUACAAAGUGGUAAUGGACAUCAUGAACUUUUGAAUAAUAAUUUAGGUGAUCAGCAUGGAGGAAAACAUGAAGGAUACAGUUCACGACCAGAUCAAUAUCAACAACAACAAAUGGUUGCCGAAGAAGAAGAAAACAAAGGGUUCUGGUCUAAAUUGUGUUGUCAUUAG